AUGGCGAAACCUGAGGUCACCGAAUCCCCCCUUGACAGCAUCUUCCGCCCACACGACUUCCAGCCAGGAGAAGAGUACAUCGACCUCUACCACGUCUACGACAACCUCUCCCGCACCCCAUUCGUCCGCCGCACCGGCAUCUGGUGUGCAGAUCCGCGACCAGGCCCAGUCCACGCUCUGGAAGCCCACAGAUCCAUCACACCUGCAUCCAUGCGGAAGCACCUCGAUCCGCUCAACCGGCAUCCGACGCAGUUCAUCUCUUUCUACUCGGAACGCGAGGCUGCUCUAGCGGAAGUGCAGCGACGGCGGUGGGAGGUGAAGGUUCCUGGGCCUACGAAACCUGGUGAGUUGGAACCGACGAUGAGGGAUCGGGAUGUCACCUCUGUCCGUAUGGCGCACGUGCGUCUCCAUCCGGGCACUGAGGUCUACUUCUUCUCGCGUGCUGAGAUGCUGGAGAUGAUGGAGGUUCAUCCCGAAGUCGGCAUGGAGCAGUAUGUUCUGGAACACUCCGUUCCAAGCGAGUGGUUUGUAUGGGGCUAUGUGCGGGAAGAGUGUGUUGAGAAUAGGGAGGACUUCUGGGGGAGAGUUUCGCCUCCUCUGGCAGAUGGUGUGUCAGAUUUGCUUGUGACGGCAAUGCGCGCUCUUGACGUCCGCCAGCACUACCAUGCAACGCGGCUCAACGGCGUAUAUCAUCAUGUCGAUCUGGAUACCGGGGUUCGUGAGCGUACAAAUGGAAUUGUGCCCUUCGGAAGACUGGUCAGCGGCGAGUAA